AUGCCUUCCCCAUCGCCUCAGGGCCCUAGAGGGGUUCGUCGUGAGGCUAAGACGCGAGUCUGUCUCCAUUGCGGUCGGAACUUCCGGCGAACGGAGCAUCUGGAGCGCCAUAUCCGCACUCGUGAGUUGCUCCAUGUCCGGGAUCAUCGAGCUAGGGCAACUGGCCCCCGAGGAGGAUUCCUGCGACUAACUGACGGAUGGAUAGACACCAAAGAGAAACCCUUCAUCUGUUUCUGUGGGGCGGCAUUUACUCGCAGAGACCUGCUCAAGCGCCAUGAUCGCCUCGCGCACCAGGAUGGCCUCACCUCGCCAACUACCCAAUCGGGUGUCCCCACGGGGACUACUCCGGACCGACAGCGAGGUGUUGUUCCGCCUUUAAGCGUUCCUGCAUCGAUCCUGCAGCCCUAUAAUGCAACGGCGGCCCGUCCCAGUGCUGCAGGUCCGUGGGCUGGCGCGCAGCAUGCACCACCACCGGCUCCGGGGUCGUAUUUAGAACAGGACCAAAGCGCUAUGCUGCCGGCUGAUUCUGGUCACAAUCCACCAUUGUCAUCGAAUCCGGGUCUAGUGCAUGACCCUGACAUGCUACAGGCGGCCCAGCUCCUUUUACCGGGUGAUUAUAAUGCUACUUGUACGGCCGCGGAAGAAAAUGGUCCUGACGACGUUCGGGAACCGAACCGAGUUGUUCAGGAGCAAUCUACGAGACCACAUAAGAAUCCUGGAGAAUCACGAGGUGAUUCGCCAUUUAGGUCCUGGCUGCCCUCUGUCCCACGAGGAGACCAAAGUCUAGGGACGCUGUCGGACUCGGGUAAAACUUCAAGAUUUAAUGUCACCGAGGACCAACGGUUCCGGUUGGCGGCUUCUCUCGAGGGAUUCCGCCACGUGAUACCAGAUUUUGUGUUGCCUUCUCGACAUACACUGACACGAUAUCUUACCUCAUACUUCGAGGGAUUCCAUCCUCAUCUUCCAUUCAUUCAUAUCCCGACAUUUCGCAUCAACGAGCAUUCUCCAGAGCUGGUACUGGCGCUCAUGACUAUCGGAGCCCAAUACAGAUUUGAACAUCACAAUGCGGACAGAAUUUACCGUGUAUCAAAGGCGAUUCUCUUUGAUCGGCUAGCAGGCCAUUCAAGCCAUUCACCAAAAAUUAACUUGAAUAACGGAAUGUCUGUGCCGCUUGGAGCCUCGCGGUAUUCUAGUCAUGAAAGUGUCUCACCGGGGCCUACAGAAGAAUAUGGCUCUUGGAGGCAAGUUGAAAUCAUUCGGUGCUUGCUUGUUCUGAUGGGAUAUUCAACGUGGGAGAAUGCCGAACUAGUCCAGGAGGCAUUCACUCUCCAGAGUCUACUGGUUCGACAUCUGCGCGAGGCUGGACUUACAGAGCAUGCGUCUUGGUCCGAUCCACGUCCAUCACUCGAGUGGCAUGAGUGGGCAGAUCAGGAAUCCAUCCGCCGUACGAAGCUGAUUUCGUUCUGCUUCAUUCACAUGCACAGCGUUUCCUACAAUGCAUACCCUUCACUCCGUAGCAGCGAGAUCCAUUUGCGACUGCCCUGUUGCACUAGCGAAUGGACUGCGACCACUGCCGGGGAAUGGGAGGCUGCCCAGCGAAACAGAGGCGCCCAGCAACUGUUCUUCCAGGACGCAUUGACCUUGCUCCUCCAGAAAUCGCGCUCAAAAGCCGUCUUAGAUCCCAUCCCGGCGCCGCUAGGAAAUUAUAUUCUUCUGCAUGGACUGUUACAGCGAAUCCAUCUUGUGAGCGAGCUCUCUCUGCCUAAUGGGAAUCACGGAUCCGCCACACUGCCAACCGAAGAGCUCAAUAAACUCGAGUAA